UACAGCGGUGUAUCAUGGGAGCGGCCCGGGCUAGACGUUGAAAACACUAAGGGGAGCGCGCGAAGCUGAACUUGGCGCUCGAUGGGGGCCGUUAGCCGCCCCAGAGCGCGCGGAGCCGCAGAGGCGUAGCUGGACUACAACGCAGUGCAUCUCGGGAGGCCAACUCGACUGGACGGGCCCCCUCAUGCCCGGCUGCGAGCUGCCCGUGGGCACCUGCCCGGACAUGUGCCCGGCCGCCGAGCGCGCCCAGCGCGAAAGGGAGCGCCGCCUGCACCGCUUGGAGGUGCUGCCGGGGUGCCGCCAGGACCCGCCCCGCGCCGAUCCGCAGCGCGCGGUGAAGGAGUACAGCCGACCCGCCGCCGGCAAGCCCCGGCCCCCGCCCAGCCAGUUGCGUCCGCCCUCGGUGCUGCUGGCCACCGUGCGCUACCUAGCCGGUGAGGUGGCGGAGAGCGCCGACGUCGCCCGCGCCGAGGUGGCCAGCUUCGUGGCAGACCGCUUGCGAGCUGUACGCCUGGACCUGGCCCUGCAGGGCGCGGGCGACGCCGAGGCAGCGGUGGUGCUGGAGGCGGCGCUGGCCACGCUGCUGGCCGUGGUGGCGCGGCUCGGGCCCGACGCGGCGCGGGGACCCGCGGACCCGGUGCUGCUGCAGGCCCAGGUGCAGGAGGGCUUCGGCUCGCUGCGGCGCUGCUACGCGCGGGGCGCCGGGCCGCACCCCCGCCAGCCCGCCUUCCAGGGCCUCUUUCUGCUCUAUAACCUGGGCUCGGUGGAAGCCCUGCGGGAGGUUCUACAGCUGCCUGCUGCUCUGCGCACCUGCCCACCCGUCCGCAAGGCCUUGGCGGUAGAUGCUGCCUUCCGAGAGGGCAAUGCUGCCCGCCUGUUCCGUCUGCUCCAGACCCUGCCCUACCUGCCAAGUUGCGCUGUGCAGUGCCAUGUGGGCCAUGCCCGCCGGGAAGCCCUGGCCCGCCUCGCUCGUGCCUUUAGCACCCCCAAGGGCCAGACCUUGCCCCUGGGUUUCAUGGUCAACCUCCUGGCCCUGGAUGGACUCAGGGAAGCACGGGACCUGUGCCAGGCCCACGGGCUGCCCUUGGACGGAGAGGAGAGAGUUGUGUUCCUGAGGGGUCGCUACAUGGAGGAAGGGCUACCGCCUGCCGGUACGUGCAAGGUGUUAGUGGAGAACAAACUUCGAGGACGUACCCUGGAGGAGGUGGUCAUGGCAGAGGAGGAAGAUGAGGGCGCGGACAGACCUGGGUCCCCAGCCUGAGGAGGGAGCGUGAGCCUCCCAGAGCCCCAGGACUGGGCCAGAGCACUUAGGUUUCUUUUUCCAUGGUUCCCAGAUAAUAAAAGGAACUUGUUUUGUUGGUA